AUGGGCAUCAAUGUGUUUUACUUACUAGCUAUAAGAUGCUUGGUUCAAUACCUCAGAUGUAAAUCCAUAAUCCAGCUAACUGAUAAAUCCAGAGUUCAGGCUCUUAUAUACCCUAGUGGAGACGUAUCCAAAUCGAAAAAUCCCCGGUUCAACGUCAGCUUUAGGCACGAGUGCCAGCUACGAUAUGCGCGCAGGACAAUAUAUUACGUUGUUUAUAUCUCUUGGGCCUAA